AGUUUCUCUUGAGAUAGAGAGAUUAUAUUCUGAGUUUCUUAAACAUUAUUUCCUUCGCUGUGUUCGAUCAAUCUUCCUUCAAAAUAAUGGCUAUUUCUCUUGUCACUUUACUAAAUACAAUAGACUUCCAUUUUCUACAACCCCUUCCUUGUUUGAAUGUCGAUGAUAGACAAAUAAUAACCAUCCAAUCUUUGUGUAAGAAGCUCCGAUUUUUGCAAGCCUUUUUGGAGGAUUCUCCAGAUAACAGCAUCAACUGCCCGGCAUGGAAUCGCUUGGAGACAGAGAUCAGAGAUGUAGCUGCUGAAGCAGAGAGCAAAAUUGAAUCAGACUUAUAUCAACUCUACAACGAGGAGGAGGCCCCUGUUGAGCUUUGUGAGAGUCUUCACCAGACCUUGCAACAAGUAACUGGAGACAUUGAAUCACUUGAACGGAGGAUUCUGCAGAUUCAGAGCUAUCGCAAUCGCAAUCACUCUGUAGAGCCGCCAACAAGAAACCCAGCAAUACAGAAUAUCAACGCUGAUAGCUCCUUCAAACGUUCUUCAGAGCCCAAGAAUGCAAUGGUAGGAUGCGACGAUGAGUUUGAAACCAUCAAGAACAAGCUCAUUUCAGAUUCAAAUAACCUGAAAAUCAUCUCAAUCACAGGGAUGGGAGGCAUCGGCAAGACUACUUUAGCUCAAAGAGUCUACAAUGAUGAAGCAGCAAUUGCUUAUUUUGACAGUCGAGCAUGGACUACUGUAUCUCAACAACACAAUCUUAGAGAAAUGCUCCGUGAGCUUCUCGGUUCUAAUGACAACAACCCAGAUGUCUCUUAUCUGGCAAGUCAACUACGCCAAAAAUUGUUGGGUCACAGGUAUCUCAUUGUCAUAGAUGAUAUAUGGAGCACUCAAGCGUGGGAUGGCAUUCAAAGAUGUUUUCCAGAAGAUUUCAAUAGGAGUCGAAUAUUGGUGACUACACGGCUCAAACAGGUGGCUGGCUAUGUUAGUUCUGGUAACAAUCUUUAUUCCAUGCGAUUCUUAAAUUUCAAUGAAAGUUGGAAUUUAUUUUACAACAAAGUAUUUGUAGAAAAAAAAUUCCCUCUUGAAUUUGAAAAAAUUGGUAGAGAUAUUGUUAAAAAAUGUCAAGGAUUACCUCUAACAAUUAUAGUGGUUGCUGGGCUUCUUUCUUCCUCAUCCAACAAGCCAUCACCAAAUCAGUGGGAGAAUGUUAUUGCAAAUUUGGAUCUAUUGCUUAACACUGAUUCCAAAAAGAAAUGUUCAAAAAUGCUCUCACUAAGUUACAACCACUUGCCUCCGCAUUUGAAAGUUUGUUUUUUAUAUUUUGGUGUUUUCCCAGAAGAUAGUGUGAUUAAAGUGAAAAAGUUGAUUAGGCUAUGGAUUGCAGAGGGAUUCUUAAAGUUUGAGUUGAAUAAGACCAUGGAAGAAGUGGCAUAUGCUUACUUACAGGAUCUUGUGGACAGAGGUCUAGUUCAAAUUGAUAAGUGGAGUAGUUUUGACAACAAAAUCAAGUAUUGUAAGCUCCAUGAUGUGCUGCAUAGCUUUAGCUUGAGAGAGGCUCAGAGGGAGAAGCUUUUGUGUGUUAUAAAUGAGAAAAACAAUGUUGGAUUAGCAACAAGCAGCUUGGACCGAAAAGCUUGCCGUCGGGUCGUCAGUUAUCAAUUAAUACAUAUACAGGCUGAGCCAAUUACUCCAAUUAGUCGAUCCCAUGAAUUGCGUUCUUUUCUACAUCUUCCUCAUCAUUCUAUUCUCGGUGUUUCCUGCAACAAUUCCAGAAUACUUCCCUAUUCUAAACUGCUAAGGGUGUUGAACAUAAGGAAAUGUAAUCUAAAUCACCUACCAAGGGAAAUAGAGGAUCUUGUUCAUUUGAGAUACUUAGCCCUAUCCCUUUACCAGAGGGCAUCUAUUAAUGAUUACCAAUGGUGUAAGCUUCGAUGUUUGCAGACUGUCAUCAUUACUAAUAGUCAUUGGCCUUCUUUUUCACCAAAUAAUAUUUUGGAUAUGCCACAAAUAAGGCAUGUUCAUUUCUCCCCCGAGACUCUUUAUUACCACCAUCUCCCAAAGUUGGUUCAAGGAAAUCUACAAACUCUAUUUUGGUUGAGUCUACCCAAACGUUUGCAAACUGAGCCAGACUUCAAAGCGAUUCCAAAUAUUAAGGAACUUGGGAUUCACUUAAUGGGCUAUGACGGUCAUUAUAAAAUGCCUUCUUUAAGUAAAAAAACUUGGGAUUUACGACCACCUAUUUCAAUGGAAGGUCUUCUCAAUUUGCAUCAGCUGGAGAACUUAAAAUUUGCAAGAGAUCGAUGGUCUCCGAAAUGUGACAACAAAGUUCUAAAAGCUUUUCCACCAAAUCUCAAGAAGUUGACCCUCAUAAGAACAAAUUUUUCAUGGGAGGAUAUGCCCAUUAUUAGCACAUUGCCUAACCUUGAGGUUCUAAAAUUAAGAGAGGAUGCUUUCUGUGGCCCAGAGUGGAAAACAACAGGAAAUGGCUUCUGCAAAUUAAAGUAUUUGGAAGUUAAUAGCCUUUUAAGUCUCAAGCAUUGGAGUGUGGAUGCUGAUCAUUUCCCCAUUCUUGAAUGCAUAUUUCUUUAUCUCUGUCCUGAUUUGGUGGAAUUUCCAACUGGUUUUGGUGAGAUUGACACAUUGCAGUUAAUUGAUCUAAAGAGUUGUUGCUCCAGCCUUGUGAAUUCUGCUAAAAAAAUUCAAGAAGAGCGGCGAGAUCUUGGGGACGAUAAACUUGUUCUCCGUGAAAUUUAUACAUACUGUCCCAAAGGAACAUAACUAUAGAUGAGCUAGGCUGCUUUUGUUUGAUGGAUGGAAACCUUACAGCUGUACUAAAUGGAGCGCAACCCCUAUCCCAAUUG